AGCCUAAUACUCGCUCGUUCAUAUCCGGGUCCCCGAGCCGUUCCCUGGGGCUCGGCUGGGCUGCCUUUCGCGGCGCACUAGCGCUCCGGACCGGAGGCGGCGGCCGGGGGCAGCCCGGAGGUGGCCGGCUUGGAAGGAGGGGAGCGCAGUAUGCCCGCCGCCUGCCCUGCGCCUCCCUCCCGCCGCUGCCCAUGGAGAUCGCGCUGGUGACUUUGGAGAACGGAGGCGCCACGGCCAUCGGGGGAGGGGGCGAGGAUGCUGGAGCUGGCCGGGCGAGGCGGCGGGGGGACCUGCUCCACAUCCCCAACUCCGCCGUCGCCCCAGCUUGGCUGAAUGACUGCAGAGGCGCCCCGGAGCAGGAGCAGCCGCGGGCGGGCAGCUGCGGCUGCAGAAGCAGGAGCAACAGCACCGGCAGCACCAGCCGGAGGGUGCCCGGUCCCCGGGGCGCCUCGCCGCCGCCCGCUCCUAUCCAGCCGCCGCGCCCCUACCCUGGAGGGGGCGAGGAGGAGGCGAUGGUGCUGCCGGAGGAAGGCGGGCACCGCUUGGGUAUGGCCAUGGCCUCGGCGGCCGAGGAGGAGGAGGAGAGCCAGCGCGCCCUGCACCACCAGCGGGUGCUGAUCAACAUCUCCGGGCUGCGCUUCGAGACCCAGCUGGGCACCCUCAACCAGUUCCCGGACACGCUGCUGGGCGACCCGGACAAACGCAUGCGGUACUUCGACCCGCUGCGCAACGAGUACUUCUUCGAUCGGAACCGGCCCAGCUUCGACGGGAUCCUCUACUUCUACCAGUCCGGGGGCAAGCUGCGCCGGCCAGUCAACGUCUCCAUCGACGUCUUCGCCGAUGAGAUCCGCUUCUACCAGCUGGGCGAGGAGGCCAUGGAGCGGUUCCGGGAGGACGAGGGCUUCAUCAAGGAGGAGGAGAAGCCCCUGCCCCGCAACGAGUUCCAGCGCCAGGUGUGGCUCAUCUUCGAGUACCCGGAGAGCUCCAGCUCCGCCCGGGGCAUCGCCAUCGUCUCCGUGCUGGUGAUCCUCAUCUCCAUCAUCACCUUCUGCCUGGAGACCCUGCCCGAGUUCAGGGACGAGAGGGAGCUGCAGGCCCCCCUGCCCCCACACGGGGCAGCCCUGAACGGCACCGGCCUGGAGGCCCCCCCGAUGCAGCCCCCCAGCAGCCUGUCCGACCCCUUCUUUAUCAUCGAGACCACCUGUGUGAUUUGGUUCACCUUCGAGCUGCUGGUGCGCUUCUUCGCCUGCCCCAGCAAGCCUGAGUUCUCCAGGAACAUCAUGAACAUCAUCGACAUCGUGGCCAUCAUCCCCUACUUCAUCACCCUGGGCACAGAGCUGGCUCAGGAGCAACAGGAGCCAGGGGCCCCCAGCACCACCAGCAACAACAAUGGGGGCCAGCAGCAAGCCAUGUCCCUGGCCAUCCUCAGGGUCAUCCGCCUGGUCAGGGUCUUCAGGAUCUUCAAGCUCUCCAGACACUCCAAGGGGCUGCAGAUCCUGGGGCAGACUUUGAAAGCCAGUAUGCGGGAGCUGGGGCUCCUCAUCUUCUUCCUUUUCAUCGGGGUGAUCCUCUUCUCCAGUGCUGUGUACUUUGCUGAGGCUGACGACCCAGACUCCCAUUUCUCCAGCAUCCCCGACGCUUUCUGGUGGGCGGUGGUGACUAUGACCACUGUGGGCUAUGGGGACAUGAGGCCUGUCACUGUAGGGGGCAAGAUUGUGGGCUCCUUGUGUGCUAUCGCUGGCGUGCUGACCAUAGCCCUUCCCGUACCUGUCAUCGUGUCCAACUUCAACUACUUCUACCACCGAGGAACUGACAACGAAGAGCAGGCUAUUCUCAAGGAGGAACCCAGCAGCGCUCAGGGCAGCUCACCUGGGGGGGAGCUGAAGAGAAGUCACAGUAAAAACUCUCUGAACAAAUCUGUUGUGCACUUGGAAAACAGUGAGGGGAUCAACAAUGGCACUGGAUCCUUAGAGAAAACCAAUAUCAAAGCUAAAAGCAACCUAGAUCUUAGAAAAUCCCUCUAUGCACUGUGUCUGGACACCAACAGGGAAACAGACCUGUAAGGAGGGGAAUGAAUUUGGGUUCUGAGGUACAGCAGGAUUUGUUGAUGUUGGAAACUAUAUGUAUAUAUAUAUAUACAAUUUUUUGUAUCACUUAGACAGUAUUUUAAGUCAGCCUAUAUUUUAUAAUUGAACAGAUCUCCAGGAGUACAUGUUUUUAUGUUCUUUUUUCCAGGACACAAAGGGUCACCUGUUUUUAAAAUAGACUAAGAAUAAGCUACACUCCAUGAUGCAGGCGCUGGUAAAUUAUUACAGUGCAAACUGGUGUUAUUUGUAGACACUUACUUUAGCAAACUGUGAUUUUAAAUGGGUCAUUUGUAACUAAUUCACUUGCUCAAAGUUUAGUAUUAAAAGAUUGGGAGGGGGGUUGUGUAUGGAGGAUGAAUGGAUAUUUUUUGUACUGUAGUUUCAAACUGAAAUUAUUCCAAUAUAUUUUAUAUAUGUGUAAUUGUAUUUAAGAAUGAAUGGGGUAUUUAUUUUCCUGUGAAACAUGACUUCAUUAAAGCACUAGAAACAUUAGCUAAGAAACACUUUCAGAUUUCUCCCUUGUGAUCAGUACAGAUCUGGUUAACUAGUAUGUGAAGUGAAUUUGGUGCUUUUAACCCUAUAGCAGAAAACUUUGGUUUUGUUGUUGAGAAAAUGUUAGUUUUUUGUGAGCCUUAAAUUAUUAAAUAUUGUAGAUAUAUUUAUUUAUAAGUACUUUUAUUAACAAUCUUACUGUUUCAGAAUUUCUAAUAAUUCAGCCCUGUGCUUUAAAUCCCAGAAAAAAAUUGUGCAUCUUGUUGUUUCUUUGUUUUAAUACCACUGGUAUAAUUUUGAGAUUUUUUUAUAGGCUAUUGUCUGGUGUUACUGGUUUUUAUCCAAGUGCACAACAGAUCAAAAACAGUGGAAACUGGGGGAAAAAACUUGAAAGCUAAUCCCGUGUGCAGUAUCUGCAAAGCUUUUUUGAUUUACACUCCAGGUUUCUUUAGCACAUGAAUCAGUCACAUUGCGUACCCAGUUCAUUUGUAUAAAUGGCUUGCUGUUUUUAAUGAUCAUAUUUCAAAAACGGAUGGCACUUAGAGUCUGACAUGGCACAGAGUGCUGCUUAAAUAACCAUCAUGUGGCUUAUGUCUUGGACUGAGGAGGAAAGAACCAUCUUUCAUUGAAAUGUUUUCUUUUUCUGUUAUUUCAAAGCAAAACCAUCACAAUGUUAUGGAUUUUACAAUUUCAAUCUUCCUGAAUGACAAUGACAGAUCAUCUUCAUUUUGAUGACACGGCACUGUGCAGCUACUUUAGUGAACAUUGAAAUGACGUUGAUUCGUUACUUCAAAUCAAAGCGCUACAUUAUCAUUUCUGUUGCAAAGAACUUACUGGUUUUUUUUGCAUACUUCUGUUGCACUGCUGAAGGAUGUUUCAUGCCUUUACCAUGGCAAGAUUAGCAGGUCAUGGAAGAGAAGUCUUGAUUGUCAGCACUCAAGAGUGACCUGGAGCAGAGACAGUGGUGCUGUUCUUGAGAAGGCUUCUUGGGGCAUAGCAGUCCACAGCACACCCAAUGAGACACAGUAUUGAGAUGGAAAUUCCAGUCUGAGGAGGGUGUGAGUCAUGAGUUGCUGACUCAUGAGACAGAGAGAUGCUGAAGUUUAGCCAGAGGCUGCCUGAGAAGCUAUUAAGGGCAUCUUAUUUUUUAUAAUGUUUUUAACUGAUCUUAUGUUGCUUUUUAAUUUAUAUUUACAUCUACUUAGCUUGUCAUUUUUUUGUAUAUUACAUAUUUCUUUUUCCAAAUUUGUAAAAAAAAUAUUUUUUAAUUUAUAUUUAUGCAAGAAAAAGGAAGUCAUUGUAAUUUUGGUUUGACGUCUUUGGCAACAAAUUUUAUUCGCUACUCGGUGGCCACUGUUUUGGUUAAGACACCAUUUAAUUAAUCAUAUCUGUAAACCCAGUAGGGUGCUGAAGGUAACUCCCUGGGAGAGGACCUUUAUGGUACAAAUUUUCAGAAAGGGAGGAUGGAGGUAGGAAAUUACACAACUGCCCUUGAAGUCAAUGGAAAUCUGUCCAUUGUAAAUGGUUAUUUGGCCAAGCUAACUGGUGAUUAGCAUAUGCAAAUACCUGAUUUGCAGAGGUAGAUGUAUUCAUUGCAUGCACUAAUGUAGGCAUGUAAUUGAGCAUACUGUCCUGCAAGUGGAUCAACCUACUUUUCUGAAAAUGUUACCCUAGAAAUCUAACUUACGAGUGUAGGGGAAAAAAGUAAUUUCUUUCUUCUGUGAAAUCUGUCUAUGCAACUGUACUGAAUUAGAAGAAUUGUCCAACAGGAAAGUCAGGAAUGGCUUCUGGAGGCACUGAUACAUUAGUUUGCUCUAAAAGUAAAGCAGAAUAGUGGAACAUUGUAAUCUAUGUGUCUGCCACUCCUGAUCUAAGCCAUAUUUCUGUAUCUGGUAUGCAUCCUAAAGACUGCACCUAUAGUUGCUUGGUAGAGGACUGGCUGCCUUUCUCCUGGUAUCACACUACCGUAAAAGGACAUUGGGAAGAAAUUCAGAGAUUGGAACUAACACAAGUAGCAAGAUUCCUUUGCUCCCUGUUCCCAUAACUUCUUGGGAUAUGAAACUCUAUUGAAAACCUUUCCCCUGCAUACAUUGCUUUGGAGUUGCCCAGCUUCUUCUCUGCCCCCUCACAUGGAUGUGUUCUCAUCGGUUGGAUUCCUCAAUUUGGAUGUUUGGAAAUAUGUUCUUUUGCAGGGUUUCUCUUACAGAGAAACUGUUCUGCAUUCAGACCCCGGUUUUGAACUCAUUCUCAGACACAGCGAAACACAUCAGUUACUGUGCUAUUUUGGAUUUUGUAUGGAAAUACAUGAAUGAUCGUCUCUAAAUCUUUGCUUUCCUUCCACUAGUGCUGUUCUUUGUCAAACUUUCUCAUAGUUUAGGGAGAUUAUUUAAGCAUCAUUUAUUUCUGUCUUUUUUUACAUUAAUUUUCUUUUAUUUCUUUGGUAUUUUUAAGAUGUGAAGUCUCCAGGGUUAAUAUUUCAAAUCUUAGCAUCAAAGUGCUGUGCAUACAGGUCUAGUACACAUCUGAAGGUUAGUCUUAGUUUUUGUGUGGCUUUGACUUGAACACUUUUCCAUUUCUCUUUCUGUUAAUAUUGGUAUUUGGGAAAUGUGCACUGCCUGUAUUCUUUCUGCC